GCCUCCGCCCCUCCCUCCUGACACCUAACCCACCUGGGGCAGGUGCACAUGUUUUUAUCUGAUUACAGGUUGAGACGGGUGGAGCGGCCACAGGUGAGGGCAACUAACAAUCAGCCUUCCUUAAAAGCCAGUGGACGCCACCACCUCGUCGCCCGAUCAACUCGUCUGGUUACUUCCGACUUGUCUUAUGCGCGCCGAUUGUCGGAUUCCACGCCUGCCUCUCCCCGAGCCUCCGCUUCGCCUCCCUGCUAAGCCCUCCAAGCCUGACGUCACCCGCCUUCUGCCUCGACGCUCGUGUCAUCAUUUUGUUCACCAAUAAAAUAUCCAUCCUCACAACCGGCUGUCUGCUUUGGGAUCCCCUCCUUGCUCACGCCUCCCUAACAGAUUGAUCGGGCCACCAUGGAUCCCGCGGACAACACAGCCGGCUCACCCACGUCACUCGCCGACCACCACCAAGCCAUAGACUAUCUCUUCAGUAAGGUAACGGACAUAACUCAUGCACUCCAAUCCAUCCAGGCGCAACUCACACCACUACCUCAGGCGCGCACGGCCCCGUCACCCCUACGUCACCCCACCGCCUCGCCAAGCCACACGCCUGUUGCUAACCCAGCGUCAUCGGCUACAGGUCGAGAACCCCACGUUCCCGCACCGGCUCCAUACGACGGUAACCUUGGCACGUGUCGGGCUUUCUUAGUCCAGUGCAGCCUUGUUUUUGAGCAACAGCCGUCCAUGUAUCAGGGGGACAGAGCAAAGAUAGCUUACCUUAUUGGUAGCAUGAGAGGGACCGCGUUGGAUUGGGCUUCCUCCAUAUGGGAGCAGGGUUCCCCGUUGUGCACGUCAUACUCCCGCUUCACAGAGGAGAUGCGCAAAAUCUUCGACCAUCCCGUUCGCGGCAGAGAGGCCGCUAAGCGAAUUAUGUCCGUGCGCCAAGGGUCUCGGAGCGUCGCAGAAUUCUCAAUCGAGUUCCGGACACUAGCCGCUGAAAGCCGUUUCAACGACGCGGCGCUCCAGGAGAUUUUCACCGGCGCAUUGAACGAAUCUCUUAAAGACGAAUUGGCUACGAGGGACGAGCCGGAUUCAUUGGACAGUCUGAUUCGAUUAUCGAUUCAAAUCGAUAAUCGCCAGAGGGAGAGACGACGACAACGCAAGGAACAACCGGGCGCUCCGCGCACUCGCUUCGCGGCCCUUCCGUCCCCGCCUCCACUUCCUGUACAGGUCACAGACGCUGCGCCGGCGACCCCGCCCCCUGCUGACCAGCCCGAGCCCAUGCAAUUGGGUCGCACCAGGCUCUCCCAAGAGGAGCGCACACGCAGGUAUGCUGCUCAAUUGUGCAUUUACUGCGGUCAGGGAGGGCACUUUAUACGCAGCUGCCCGGUGCGUCCGGGAAACUGCUAG